AUGUGCUCAAAGACAGCGGAUAAAUUGAGGUGGCAUGACGAGGAGCGGUCCAAAGAUGGAAAGUUAAGGCACCCUGCUGAUGGCCAAGCAUGGAAAGACUUUGAUAGCCUUCAUCCAGAUUUUGCAAAAGAUUCUCGCAAUGUGAGACUUGGCUUGGCAAGUGACGGAUUCAAUCCAUUUCGGACCAUGAGCAUAUCUCAUAGUACAUGGCCAGUUGUCUUAAUGGUGUAUAAUUUUCCUCCUUGGAUGUCCAUGAAACAAGAAUAUUGCAUGCUUUCUUUGCUUAUAUCUGGUCCGCGAUCUCCUGGAAAUGACAUUGACAUUUAUUUGCAGCCAUUAAUAGAAGAGUUGAAGGUAUUGUGGGAGUUAGGGGUAGACACAUAUGAUGCUUCGAGAAAUCAAACCUUUCAAAUGCGAGCAUCUCUUAUGUGGACAAUUAAUGACUUCCCUGCAUAUGCUAUGUUAUCCGGAUGGAGUACAAAAGGAAAAUUGGCUUGUCCUUGUUGUAAUUAUGGCACUAAUUCUUGCUAUCUGAAACAUAGCCGGAAAAUGUGUUACAUGGACCAUCGUGUUUUUCUACCCAUGGAUCAUCCAUGGAGAUCUAACAAAAGGUCUUACAAUGGAAAAACAGAAUUUAGGCCUCCUCCACAAUUGUUAAAGGGAACCGAUGUGUUUAAUAUGUUACAGAAUGUUGAAAAUGUGUUUGGGAAGAAGCAAAAGAAAUCAAACCACAACUCGCUUCGCCACAACCUUGAUGUAAUGCAUAUUGAGAAGAACAUAUUUGAUAACAUAAUAGGAACACUUUUGGAUAUAUCUGGCAAGACGAAGGAUCAUGAAAAUGCUCGUUAUGACCUCAAAGAGAUGGGCAUUAGGAAAAACCUUCAACCAAAAGAUACAAAGGAUGGCAAGAAAAUAAAGCUUGCACAAGCAUGCUACUUUAUGACUAAUGGAGAAAGAUCUACUUUUUGUGGUGUUUUAAAGAAUGCAAAGCUACUUGAUGGUAGUGCUUCGAACAUUUCCCGAUGUGUGCAACCAGCCGAAAGAAAAAUAUCUAAUUAUAAGACCCAUGAUGCCCAUUUCAUGCUACAUUACUUGUUGCCAAUACCAAUUAAAAGCAUACUUCCUGAUCAUGUUGCUAUUCCUUUUAUUCGUCUAAGCUCCUUUUUUCGUCGUUUAUGUCAAAAGGUUAUCACACCAGAGGAUCUAGAUUGUUUGGAAGCAGAGAUUAGAGAAACAGUGAGCCAAUUGGAGCGAAUUUUUCCUCCUUGUUUUUUUGAUAUAAUGGUUCAUUUGGCUAUCCAUUUGCCAAACGAGCUAAGAUUAGGAGGUCCAGUCCAGGGCCGAUGGAUGUAUCCUCCUGAAAGAUUUAUGUGUAGGUUCAAGUCGUAUGUUCGUAACAAAAACCAUGCAGAAGGAUCCAUUGCUGAAGCAUAUCUAGUUGAAGAGUGUCUAAAUUUAUGCUCAAGAUACUUACAUGGUGGUGUACAUACUAGAUAUAAUAGAAGAUCCCGAAACAAUGAUGAAUGUGGUUCAACUGAUGCACAAACUUGUAGUUUGUUCCCUGACAAAGGUUGUCCUUUAGGAGGGAAAAUGGGUGAUCCAGAUGAGCUAGAUGACAAGUCACUAAAUCAAGCACAUAGAUACAUAUUGAGCAAUUGUGAAGAAAUUCAAGAUUAUGUCAGAGAGCACGAGCUUGAAGUUAAUAGUCAUGAGCGAAGAUCUAAAUGGAGAAAGGCCAAGACUCAUAGUCAAAACUUUGCUCAAUGGUUUGAAAGCCGUGUUUUGCAUGACGAUGUGCCUGAUUUGAUAAAACAAUUGUCUAGAGGACCAAGUUCAAUUGCUAAAAGAUACUCUGGGUAUCUCAUUAAUGGAUAUAGAUUCCAUGUGAGGCAGCGUGAUGUAAGGAGAAAAACACAAAAUAGUGGUAUUACAUUAGUUGCACUAACUACAAGUUUUGCAAGCUCAAAGGAUAAAAAUCCAGUUGAUGCAAAUGUGACUUAUUAUGGUCAUUUUAAGGUUGUGUUGUUUAAGUGUGACUGGUAUGAGGCUGCAGAAGAUACUUACGGUCUUACUUAUGUCUACUUCAACAAGAGAUGCUAUCAAGAAGAGCCCUUUGUGCUAGCAUCACAAGCACACCAAUGCUUCUAUGUGCAAGAUCCAUAUGAUCAAGAUAAACACUACGUUAUGAAGACCGUCCCGAGAGACUUGUUUAGCAUAAGUGAUCAACUAGAAUCUGAUGCUCCUCACUGUUAUGGAGAUGAGUCGUCUGAACAUUCGAUGGCCCCGUCUAUACCAAAUGAUAAUGGUGAAGUUGUUUUAGUAAGGAGUGAUGUACCUGAAACCAUUAUUGAUGUGCCUCUAGAAGGAUUUCUUGCGCAACAAACUGAAAUUGGAUCUGGAGAUGAGUUUGAUGUUUUUCAACAUUUCGGUACUAAGUUUCAGCAUUUUAGUACAGCUGUGUUUCAGCAUUUCUGUAGUGCUGUUUUUCAGCAUUUCGGUACUAAGUUUCAGCAUUUUAGUACAACUCUGUUUCAGCAUUUCUGUAGUGUUGUGCUUCAGCAGUGA